CAGAUACCGACAACAGCUGUCAACUUGCACUUUCCGUUUGCAAAUAUUGACAGUCCUAAUUUUUCACUCGAACGUCUUCUGUACAGAAUUCCAAAAGAUGUCUACAAGAAGGGCACUGCAUUUUGUGUUCAAAGUUGGAAACAGGACGGAAACUGCUAAAUUUUACAGAGAUGUUCUUGGCAUGAAAUUUCUGAGACAUGAAGAAUUUGAAAAAGGAUGUGAAGCGGCAUGUAAUGGACCUUAUGAUGGCAAGUGGAGUAAGUCGAUGGUGGGGUAUGGUCCAGAGGACAAGCAUUUUGUUGUAGAGCUGACUUAUAACUACGGCAUCGGUACAUACAGACUGGGAACAGACUUCAGAGGAAUCAAUAUUUCUUCUAAAGAAAUGUUCAAGAAAGUGAGUAAUUGUGGCGAUGCUGUAGCAGUAGCUGGUGGAAAACAAGAGGUGAAGUCUCCUGAUGGGUACAGCUUUAUAGUAGAAGACAGGGAUUGUCCAGGAGACCCAGUACAAAGUGUGUGUCUAGGGUGUUCUGAUCUGUCAAAGUCUGUUGAUUUCUGGUCUCGACUGUGUGGUAUGAAGAUUUACAGACAAGAAAACAAGUCAGCACUGUUAGGAUUUGAUGACAACCAGUGUAAACUUGAACUCCAAGAUAUCGGUACAGAUGUUGACCAUGCCACUGCCUUUGGACGGAUUGCUUUUUCCUGUCCUCGUACAGAGUUGCCAGAUAUAGAGAAGAAGAUGAAGGAAGCUGAGCAGACUAUUCUCACACCUCUGAUUAGUCUGGACACACCAGGAAAGGCUACUGUGGAAGUUGUCAUCCUGGCUGACCCAGACGGCCAUGAGAUAUGUUUUGUUGGCGAUGAAGCAUUCCGUGAGCUGUCUCAGGUAGAUGAUAAAGCUGACAAGUUACUUGAUCAGGGAGUAGCAGCAGACAAAAGUGAUGAGUGGUUCAAAAAGAAAGGACUAACUAAGGGCACAGCAUGAUGAUUCUCCACGUAUCAUGAUGAUUCCCCACGUAUCAUGAUGAUUCCCCACAUAUUGACAUUGUCUGUUCGAAUACUUGAUAGUAUUAUCAUGUGAUUACAUUGUACUAGUUGUUUAAACGUUACAUGUAAACACUAAAUAUAUCAUUGGUUGUGCCAUUUGAACUUCUGUUGUAAAAUAUACUUUUGGUGCUAUAACCAGUUAACUUAGAGUAGCAGUGGACGAGGGACUAGGUAGUAAUAUAUUCCGACUUCAAAUACUUAAUACUGUAUACAAUGUAUGUACUUCAAUGCAUAGGAUCUACAAUAUUUACUCACAAAAAACAUCAUUUGUUCUCAUUGAUAUACCUAUUUAAUUUGCAAUGAAAAAACAUAGGAAACUUUCUUUACCUAGUUUAUUUUACGAGAAAUGCAAAUUUGUAUGUUAGAAAUCGGUUGGUAAUCAUCAUUGGUUUGGUAAUAAUGAAUUGGGAUAAAACAAUUGUUGGUAUUAUUUCCUGAAUUACAGUUAUGACAGUGACAGUGAAAAUAAAACAAUGUCAUGUUUUUUA